AUGGCAACAGCAUCCAAAAUCCAUCUAUCCACCGAUGUGCCGGCCAUCGUCCGCGUCAAGGCCUUGGAUCGCGACGCCACCGACACGACUAACAAACUCUUGAACCACAACCACACCACACACGACAUCAUCUUCGACGACGUCGGCCGCCACAACCACAUCGUGCACCACACGCUCGCCUCGUUCGCCUUGGGAGCCGACGCAGCAAUACUGCAGAAGCAAUAUGACCAGAAUGCACGUUACCAGCGAGCGCCUCCGCCGGCGGACGAGAACAUCAUCAACGCCCUGGACGAUGAUCCCAAGACGUUUUUAGACAGCAUGGCCAAACCAGAGAACUACUCUUCCUUCCUGACCUAUUUCACCAACAAACUCUCGUCGGGAUCAAUCCCCGACGUACUGAACGAAUACGUCUUCUCCGACACCGAGCUUGCGCGUACAAUCUUCAACCGCUUCUUCGCGGGAUACUACCACCCGCUGAUCCACCUCGGGUAUGGGGUGGAAUUCCAGCAGCCGGCCAUCGUGGCCGAGGCGCUGGCCCAGGCGUGCGUACAUUCCACGUACCUGGACGCCUUUUUCGACCUCACCGCCUCCGCCGCCGAAAAGACCACAACGCCAGACACGAUGGUGAAUCUACUUCGCAAGAUCCGGGAAGACACCAAAGUCUCCACAGCGGUCCACUGGACCGACGGCCAAAAAGUCCGCGACGGGGUACUCGCUCGCGCCAGGGACGAAAUGGUCAGCUACGCCGCACAGUGGAAAUUAUCUCCCCCAUAUACCCAGCAGGGCGUGGAAGAAGCCGCGGCGGAAGUCAUCAACGCGGCCGCAUAUUUCACCGGCGCGGCACAGAACCCGCCCAGGGUAGUCAAGAUGGAUUUCUUCUACAUGCACGCCGUCAACUCCAGCAUUUUCCUCAGCGCGUUCCUUGCACAGGACUGGAUCUCCCUGCCCAUGAAGGCAAAACUGGUUGAGUGGAAAGGUAGGCUGGAUCUGGCGCUGUACGCGUCGCGGAGAUGUCCAAAGCUCCUGCUCGAGGAGAUCGCGAACUAUCCUCCCACUGGUGGGAGUGUACUUGGCUGGGACGAAAUGUAUCGCACGGCAAGCCGAUUCAUGGAUGACGGACACACGGCGAAAUUCAUCCGCGCGCUGGCGAAUGGUGAGAGGGUGUGCAAGCCGUUUGAGAAUGGCAGCGUCAUCCACACGCUGUCGUCCCCGGAGACUAAUGGGCAGGUCAAUGGGCACCAUACGAACGGUGACGCCUCCAGAGGUGAUGGAGAAAACGAACACGACGACGACAGAUGGAAGAUCAAGGGAGACAUGUGGCUGCGGCUGGCCAUGAUGGUGCUGGAUAGCGUGCAGCCCGAGAAUGGCGAGAGGUGGGCGAGGAGCGUGGGCUUCGAAGAGGCAUGGGAAGACUUUGUGCUCAGAAAGGACCAUUACGGUAAAAAUGGCAUCUAG